AUGCAGCAGCAGCCUCAAGAAAAUAAUAAUAUUGAAUCGUUAAAUGUGUUAACUGAAGCAGAAACAGUUGAGAUAAGAACAUUCGAGGGGGCAUAUUGGAGAACCAGUUUAUCAGCAUUUGGAUUUGCUCUAAUUAUCUUGCGCAUAUUUCAAGAUUCAUUCUAUCGAAUUGGGAUAGUGUUUGUGGUGUAUGGUGGAAUUUUAUUGUUUAUUUCCCUGUUUAAAAGAAAUAAUACUUCAUAUAUCAUAGAUAAAGACAAACCAUUUGUUACAAGUGGUGUUUUUGUAUUAUUGGUUGGACUUGUACUCACCAGUAAUAGUCCUUUCACUCACGUAGCUUCUCGUGAUUACACAAUUACAAUGGCAGCUUUUGAUUCGAAGCUAAAAGAUGAUAAACGUACCUCGGUGCUUAUGACACGAAACGAUUCUACAAAAUAUGUACUUUGUAAUUUGAUACCAGGAAUAGAACAACAAAUCUUGAAUCAAACUAUCUUCAGUGGAAAUGGACCAUCAUCGGGACAAACAAUCAUUGAUGAGCACUUUCAACCUAAUAUUUUACCCAAUUAUUCAAAUAUAAUGUCGUCAACAUCAAAAGUUGAUGGUAAAACUAAAAAUAAGAAUGGAAGUGGAGAUGAAAGUGGCAGCAACGAUAAAAAUGAGAGCGGAGGAAAUGAUGUUGAAGAAAUUAAUGGCGAAAAGAAACAAGUCAAAAAACGCAAGACCAAUUCUGGUAAUAAAAAUGUUACUAUUGAAGAUAACGGUGAUGCUAAGAUGAAAAAAGUUAAGAAUGUUGAUGGUGUUUCGAUUACUGAGGCUAAAGUUGGAAUGGGCAAACAAGCAAAAAAUGGAAAAAAGGAUAAUGGCAAAGUAUUUGAUUCAAAUACAACUGGGAGACCAUUUUUUUUUACUCUAGGAAAAGCUGAAGUCAUUAAAGGUUGGGAGAUAGGAAUAAAUGGAAUGUGUGUUGGAGGUGAAAGAAAAUUGGUGAUUCCACCUGCACUUGCAUAUGGCACUAAAGGUCAUCCCCCAAGUGCAACGUUAGAAUUUGAAGUAAAAUUAUUAAAAGUUGAUUAA